AUAUAAUGAUCAGUUCAUUUCAUAUAACAAGGGCAAACCACAAAGUAAACGUUUUUAGCUUCAUUCUAUCAUGUAAGACAUGGCAUUAACAAACCUUAACUAGCUAUCACAGAUUACAGCUAGUUAUACCUAUAAAGCUGUUGAAGAAAUUACUUGAAAGUAAUAAUUAUCAUGCUUUCAUCAGUAGCCAUGAGUGAAAGAGAGCUGUCUCAGUUCUCCCAAACACUUCAAACACCUACAGAAGGUGAAAGGGCAGCUCAGUGGGUGCUGAAUGCCCCUGAGCCGCCAGGUUUGUGGCGCGAGCUUGUGAAUUCGACCAAGGAGAUUGUUCUUCCCAAUGGAAACAAAUCCAAAUCUUCAGGUGAGCAUUCUAAGUCUAGGCGCAUGGUUUCGGUCCUGGAGAGUGUGUUUCCUAUACUUGUGUGGUCUCGAACCUACACUGCAAACAAAUUUAAGAAAGAUCUUAUGGCUGGUCUAACUCUAGCAAGCUUAUGUAUUCCCCAGAGUAUUGGAUAUGCAACUUUGGCUAAGCUGGCUCCUCAACAUGGUCUUUACACGAACGUUGUCCCUCCGAUCAUCUAUGCGUUCAUGGGAAGUUCACGGGAAAUAGCUAUCGGACCAGUGGCUGUAGUUUCACUCUUGAUAUCUUCAAUGGUUCAAAAAGUUCAAGACCCUGAGGCUGAUCCAAUUGCUUAUAGGAAUCUCGUGUUCACUGUAACGCUUUUUGCAGGAAUUUUUCAAGCGGCAUUCGGGCUACUGAGGUUGGGUUUUCUGGUGGAUUUUCUGUCACAUGCUGUCAUUGUCGGAUUCAUGGCUGGUGCUGCCAUAGUUAUCGGUCUGCAACAGCUGAAGGGCUUGCUUGGGAUCACUUAUUCGACAAAUAAAACCGACAUCAUCUCUGUCUUGGCAGCUGUCUUCAAGUCCUUGUUUCAUAAUCCUUGGAGUCCUUAUAACUUUGUCCUUGGAUGCUCUUUCUUGUGUUUCCUACUACUUAUGAGGAUCGUGGGGAGAAGAAAUAAGAAACUGUUCUGGUUACCGGCCAUUGCACCUCUGGUAUCCGUUGUCAUAUCGACUCUUAUUGUUUACCUGACAAGAGCUGAUAAACAUGGAGUUAAGAUUGUGAAACAUAUCAAAAGUGGGCUGAAUCCAAUAUCAGUUCAUCAGUUACAGCUGAAUGAUCCUCAUGCUACAGACUUGGUGAAAAUCGGAGCAAUUGUUGCAGUUGUCGCGCUAACGGAAGCAAUUGCUGUCGGUCGAUCUUUUGCAACCAUAAAAGGUUAUCAUCUUGACGGAAACAAGGAAAUGUUAUCCAUGGGUGUCAUGAAUAUUGCAGGCUCUCUUAGUUCUUGCUACGUCGCGACUGGGUCAUUUUCUCGCACUGCUGUGAAUUUCAGUGCGGGUUGUGAGACGGUGGUAUCAAACAUUGUCAUGGUUAUUACUGUGAUCAUAUCACUGGAAGCGCUAACAAGGCUAUUGUACUUCACUCCCAAUGCGAUUCUUGCCUCGAUUAUUAUAUCGGCUUUGCCGGGGCUCAUCGAUGUUCAUGAAGCAUACAACAUAUACAAAGUCGAUAAGCUUGAUUUUCUGGCUCUCAUCGGAGCAUUCUUCGGAGUGUUGUUUUGUUCAGUGGAGAUUGGUCUGCUAGUAGCGGUAGCAAUGUCGUUUGCAAAGAUCAUCAUAAGUUCGAUACAACCAGGAAUUGAAACCUUAGGAAAGGUUCCAGGAACAGACAUUUUUUGCGAUGUAAACCAGUAUCCUAUGGCUGUUAUGCUUCCUGGUGUCCUCUCGGUCCGCAUUAAGUCUCCAUUGUUUUGUUUUGCUAAUGCCACUUUCAUUAGAGAAAGGAUUUCGAAAUGGGCAAUUGAAAAGGAAGAGAUGGAUGCCAAAGGAAUAGUUAAAGCUAAAGGAAAGAUUCAGCUGGUAGUUCUCGACAUGACAAACUUGACGAAUAUAGAUACCACGGGACUAGCUACGCUAGAAGAAUUGUACGAGCAGCUGCUCUCACAAGGAAUCAUGUUAGCUAUAACAAACCCUAAAUGGCAAGUUGUUCACAAGCUAAAGGUAUCCAAUCUGGUGAAAAAGAUCGGAGGGAGGGUGUUUUUAACCAUCGGAGAAGCAGCAGAUGCAUGUCUUGGUCACAGGAUGCAUGUCUAGUUAUUUCAAGUACUUGCUUUCAUGUGUGUAUGUGUGUAAUUUUGUAGACCUGCCUUCGUGUAUGUUAUAAGGGCAUGUAAUAACGCCAGAAACGUGAAACACUUCAGCGGUUUCAUCUUUGUAGAAAAAUAUUAUUCAGUGUC